CCAUUACAAUCGUAAUGAUCCACAUAACGGCGAUUGCAAUUCUGGGAGCUUUCGUCUCAGACUCGAUUUCCGCAACCGUCACAUUGGAAGAAACGCCCUGCAUUCAGCAGAAGACUCGUCUCGAAACAUUGAUAGUUAGAACAGACAAGCUCGAAGUUCGAAAUCUUCCAUCUCUGUGUGGACUGAAAAUAAUAUCUGCCGCCGGAGCCAACAUCCACACCAUCUCAUGCAUCGCCUUCAAAGAUGAAAAGGGCGAGGAAGUUGGAUCCGCUCGCUUCACCUUUGAUAGCCCAGCACUAAUUGCAACGAAUCCUGUGCAAGUUGGCUCCCUGAAAUGUGACACCAACCGCUCUACGAGUUAUGUUACACCGUCCACUCGACCCGCCCCGACCAGUCUUGCAAGGUACGCGAAUGUAACAAAGGGCCCGGGCUCACAGCUGUAUGCCACUGGUACAACAAACAUCACCACAACUGCAUUGUAA